UGGAGGAGAGUUUGGGUACGGCAGACAACGGGGUGGUGAGGUGCAAGUUCAUCAGUCGCAACACAAGUGGAAUGCCCAUCAUUCUGCACAUGUGCCUGGCUCCUACCAUCAGAAGAUGCGGGAGCAGAGUGAGAUCGAUAGUAGAGGGCACAGUGGUGAGGCAACUGAAGGCGGCUGGACUUGGAGCGUGGAACAGGACCAUGAGUGGCAUGGUGUUCAAAGAGACCAUGCCCAUGGGAAUGGACCAGAUGGUAGCAAGUUCUAUGGAGGAGGAGCCCACGCAGAUACACAUAUAUUUUCUAGAGGUGGGUACGCUCGUUGGCCCGUCGGGGGUCCUUGAAGAUGAAGAGGAGCAGCCGGGGGGGGGGUGCGCAAAAGCCCUGGAAGAGACGAAGGGCUCCGAGCUUGUCAUGGCUUGUGACCGGCAUUGCAGCCGAGUAUUGGAGCUUGUACUUUCCUGUGUCGAACCGACCGAGCUGGUCGAAUUCGGACUCCGCACAGAGCUGAGAAGGGGGCUGCCACAUUCGCACUUGUUAGCCGAUGAGCCCGCUUUGCAAUCGGGAUGGGUGCAAAUGUCGUUGAAUGCAUGCUCUUCCGAUAUAUCGCAGACAGCCAAGGCCAAGGAAAAGCGGAAGGCGGAGAACCAUAGGGCAAAGCUUGUUGCUAUGCUGGAGCUCUUGUGCAACAAGUUGGGAGACUCCGCUGAGUGGCUCAUCAGCAACAAGUACGGAUUGCACGUGCUGAGGACUUCGAUCCAGCUGUUGAUUUGUGAAAAUAGCGACAGGGACGGUGAUGCACAUGGGCGUGGCAGAAAGCCGAAAGAGAGCACCUUCGCUGGCCUCGCAGCAAAACUACACCAUGCUCAGAAAGGCUUGGGAGUCGAUGCGGUCUCCAAUGGCGCUAAUACUCCUGGGGGUGGCGUUGAGGCGGGCGGCAACAAGAUGACAGUUCUCCGUGUUGUUGUCCUCAUUCUGAGCCGGGGGUCGCAGGAGCACCUCUCCAGCUCCGUCGAGGGGCGGCAAUUGGAAGGAACAGAUGCCGAACUUGUUCGAGAUAUGGUGCGAGAUAUGUCUGGAAGUCAUGUGGUGGAGGCGAUUUUGAAACUGGUGUCAGACGCUCUCUUCUUGGAGAUCUUCCUUCGUUUCUUCCACGGGAUGGAAGAGGUUCCGCUCAUGUGGGUGAUGGGAUGCGUGAUUCUGCAAUCUGUAUUCCAGUGUCCGCCAGAGUGUUGUCAGGUGUUCUUGGAUGCCAUCGAGCGGCUAGGGCCUGACAUUCUGAAGGCCACAGCACGCGAUCCUGGAGGGAGCAGAGUUCUCGAGGCCUACCUCAAGAGUGGAGCGCCACAGAAAUCAAAAGGUAAUGUCAUUGCGGAAUUGAAGGGGCACUUUGGGGAGUUGGCAGCAGUCCCGGCGGGGUCUCACUGUGUGAAGAGGUGCUAUUUCACUGGCGAUAUGAAGCAGAAGGAGAUGAUUGCCGCCGAGCUUGCACAGGGAAGGCUGAGGGGAAGCAUCACAAUCCGGAUGAUGGCAAUGAGGAAGUCGACGACAUUAGGCAAGCAGCAGAUGAGAUGGAGAGAACCAUCAUCUCGCAAAGACGAAAUUGAGAUGCUCUUUUCGAGGAAGCACGCGAAAAGGGGACUUCACGAAGGUGUUAAUCGCUCUGUGGAUGAAGGUGGUCGCAGUGCUGAUCAUGUGACGACUUCUGGUAGAACGAGCGAGCACUGGAGUCCAACGAAGAAGAAAGGUAGGAGCAUUCAGCAGAGCGAGGGGCCAAUGUCCAAGGAAGCAGAAAGGGAAGAGGAAGAUAUCGACGUGAAGGAAACAACCCGGAAGAAUACUGGAGUUGAUGCCUCCAUGAGCAAGAUUGUGUCGGCCAUUCAGAGCUUGAAAGGUCCCAAGAAGCGUAGUAGCAAAGAUACGUCGGCAAAGGAGGGAAAGACAUUUCUGACGAAGAGGAGAAAAGCACAGUUUGUGAUGUCGUAGGAGAGACGCACAAAGAGUAGACAUUUCAAAGAUUUGGAGGAAGCAUGAUGUUCGUUACCUCUCGAGGGUUGGAUUUGGUUCGGCCCAUUUUCUUUUUGCAACGUGCCAAUGAUGUCCCAAUGUCCCAAGUUCAAAGGUACGGAGAGGCAUUUCAAGCUUUGCAAGGGAAGGAGAGUUGUUGGGUUCUUACCUUCGACGAAGAGAAAGAAGAAAUGAAAGGAAACGAGCAAU